AUGGCUCCAACGAGCAUGAAGCAAUGGGUGGUGCAGGACACAGAGAACGGCUUCGACGGACUCGUCUAUCAGGAUGCGCCGGUGCCGAAGGUCGGUGAGAACGAGGUGCUGGUGAAGCUGCAGGCCGUGUCGCUGAACUAUCGCGACUUGAUCAUUCCGAAGGGUAUGUACCCAUUUGCGGUCAGGUCCCCCGUGGUGCCCGGUUCCGACGGUGCCGGCGAGGUUGUCGAUGUGGGAUCCAAGGUCACCGAGUUCCAGAAGGGCGAUCAGGUUGCGACCCUCUUCAACCAAGGCCACCAGUAUGGCGACAUUGAUUUCCAGGCUGCGGGGACUGGUCUCGGUGGUGCCAUUGACGGCACUCUGCGGGAAUACGCCGUGUUCGACCAACAAGGUCUGGUCAAGGCCCCGAAAAACCUCAAUGCUCUUGAGAAUAGCACCCUCUCCUGUGCGGCCCUCACGAGUUGGAACGCCCUGUAUGGUCUCAAGCCUCUGCGACCCGGCCAGAUUGUGCUGGUGCAGGGAACGGGAGGUGUGAGCAUUUUUGCUCUGCAGUUUGCCAAAGCAGCUGGCGCGACUGUCAUUGCCACGACCUCUUCGGCAGCCAAGGCCGACAAGCUCAAGAAGCUCGGCGCCGACCACGUCCUCAACUACAAGAUCGACGCGAACUGGGGCGAGUCGGCGCGCCAGUUGACUCCCGGUGGGGUCGGCGUGGAUUAUGUGGUCGAGGUUGGUGGGACAGGCACGCUCCAGCAGAGUUUCAAGUGCAUCAAGUUCGAGGGCAUCAUUAGUAUCAUUGGAUUCCUCGGCGGUGUCGACCCUAAGGGCCAACCUAGUGUCCUGGACACGCUGAGCCACAUCUGCACAGUGCGGGGUGUCUAUGUGGGGAGUAAGGCGUUGAUGAAGGAUAUGGUUCGCGCUAUCGAGGCCAACAAUAUCCACCCGGUGGUCGAUGAAAAGGUGUUCCGCUUGGACCAAACCCGGGAUGCCUAUGACUAUAUGUGGGCCCAAAAGCAUUUUGGAAAAUUGACGGUCAAAAUCGACUAG